AAAAAUCCAUCAGACGAAGAAGAAGAAUUACAAAGACGACGAAGAAGAACGUGAAAAAGGAAGUGCCAGGAUCUACGAGUGACAAAGGUUCAGCUGGGUUGGCAUCCCAGAGUCUGACUUGUGAUCACCGCUUGUGCUUUCAUGUUAGUGCCUGACUGACACUCCCUAUAAAAUAAUGGACGACACAGACGAGGCGAUGGCCACGCCGGCAGGCAGCUCCUCCAUCGGGGAAGCAGUGUCUGGCAGAGCAAUGACCCAUUCGACUGAGCCAAAUGAAGAUGAGAUCUACUACAUCCCUGAGAGGAGACCUUCUCUUGACCUGGGCCCAGACCCAAUGGAUACCACCAACUGGCAUUAUGUGGACCAGGCCUUGUCUCCAGCUCAGAGCUACAAGUCAAUGACAAGUGAAGAGAACUCGGACGAAAUGAGAGAUGAAGACAGAUCCCCCACAAGGAUCGAACUGGAGAGAACAGAUUCAUUCUCAAGCUGCUACUCCUUUGACAGCGACGAUUGCGAAAAGAAAACUAUCAAGGUUAAAAGCAAAGAUGAUAUCUCAGACCCAUCUGACGAGCCUGAAAUCAAAGAAGAUGUAAACAAGGAUGAACAUCCCUCUGUGACUGUGGCAUUCACUUUUAAGGCUAUUUCUAAAACUCUCGAACAGCUGUCAGAUUUCCAGUUACUAAGAUUCAAGUCGAUACUGUGGAAGGAUUACCCACAGUCAUUCAACACUCCCCCUCAAAGCUUGGACAUGGUGGACCUGGUGGACCGGCUGCUCGAGUGUUACAGCCUUCAAGAGUCUUUGCACCUGACCAGAACAGUCCUGACAAAGAUAGGGCAGAAGAGCACGCUUGAAUUUCUAGAGACUUUGUGCAUUAGAAAUGAAGUACGCUAUGCAUUAUGCCAGAGUCUGAGAAAGAUAUAUGGUGAAGUUUCUGAGGAUUUGGCCAUGGAGGGGGAAAAGAGGCCUUUGGACGAUGUCUUUGUAACUCCCACCAUUACAUCAACCAGUAACAACGGCCCAAAUACUGAACAUGAGGUCCUGACCAUAGAACAGCUGCACUCCAACAACAAACCAGCUAAGAUGCUUACUACUAGGGAUAUUUUUCCUUCUAAAACGGAGGAUCUCAGAUAUGGAAACUUAGUAUUCUUCACAGGAGUGGCAGGAUCAGGGAAGUCAAUGGCGGUCAGAAGGUUCAUACUUGAUUGGGUCGAGGAGCGAUCACACAAACACGUGGAUUUCUUGUUUCCCUUGCCGUUCAGAGACCUCAAGCAGUUUGAGGACAAAGAAGUCUCCAUAGUGGACAUGAUAGAAACGUUCUACCCAGAAACAGCAAAAUUAAGACGUAAGGAUUUUAGCAAUGAGGACUGCAAAAUUUUGUUCAUCUUCGAUGGUCUAGACGAGUACAAUGGCGAGCUUGACUUUUACAACAUAAGCUAUAUUAUUGAUGAGAUCUGCAGCGUCUCCCUGCAGAAAAUAGUGGUCAACCUUAUGAGAGGGCGGCUGCUCUACCGCUCACUGUUCCUCGUAACUUCUCGUCCUCAAGUGAAGGGCUGCAUUCCUUGGGAUACGGCUCAUAAACGCAUAGAAAUGCGUGGUUUCUCUGAUCCUGAAAAGGAUGAGUACUUUAAGAAGAGGUUAAAGGACGCAGAUCAGGCAGCUCGAGUUAUCGCAUACAUCAAUUCAUACAAAACCCUCCGCAUCAUGUGCCACCUGCCCUUGUUCUGCUCACUAGUGGCUGAUGAGUGCGAGCGCAUAUUUAGGGAGAAAGGGAUUCAGGCAGAGCUGCCAAAGAGCCUCACCUACAUGUACACGAAGCUGAUGCUGACGCUCAUGCGUCAGCAUCGCAAGCAUAGAGCUCCAGAUCGAAGCCCAGAUGAAGAAAGAAGCUUUCUUAUGAAACUUGGAAAGCUGGCAUUCAACAUGCUGGAAAAAAACUCGUUCAAGAUCAUCAAGUAUCAGUGGACAGAUCUUGACAUCAGUGACAGGGAGGCAGUGAUUAACAGCGGCCUGUGCACACAAUACCUCGUGGCACCUUUCGUCUUGCACCAAGAGGAAUAUGUGAGCUUCAUCCACCCCACCAUGCAGGAGUACCUGACGGCUCUCUAUGCGAUUCUCUCCUAUAGAAACCUGGGGAAGAACAUAUUUGAGCAGCCAACGAAAAAUAAGUUCAAGGGGAUGUUCAAGGGACACAAGGAAAUGGAGAUGUACAAGUGCGCUGUGGACAAAAGCCUGCAGUGUGAGGAUGGCAGAUUUGACUUUGUCUUGCGCUUCCUGUUUGGAUUGUCAGCGCAAACCAAUCAGGACCUUCUUGAAUCCUUGUACACCUCGCCGUCGAAGUGGCCAACUUUUGUCGAAGAAGCUACUGCUCUCAUCACGAAGAAGAUCAGAGAAAAUCAGUACCCUAACAGGACUAGCAACUUGCAGCAGUGCCUGAAGGAGCUGGACUUUUGAAGCUCAGACUUGGCAUCGUGGCACAUUGUCUCUCCAUCAGGACAGGACGUGAUCUCUGUCCAAUCAAUAUAAACACUGUUGGGAGUUUGAACAUUUAAGAGUCAAACAUAAUCGCAUAUAGAGCUCCAAAGUUAUGCUAUGCUAAGUACCAAAAACGUGGAAUCUUUUCAGAUAUGUGGGGAUGGUGAGGUUUAGUGUGUGUAUUGUAAAUGUACAAUAGUUGUGUGGUAUAAAGGAACAUAUUUGUAAUGUUUAGUUUUACACUGUUUCUAUGCAUCCAUGCGCAAAGAUAUUUCAUUUGACUUUAUUGUUGUCUGCGAUUCUUCUGUUGUGUUUGAACUGACUUGGCCUUAACAUGAAUUCAGAUAGCCUUCCUGAGCACACUAUAACAAAAUAUCAAUGUACUGAAUCAUAGCAUAAUUUAAAAUGUGUCAAAACUGAAUUAUGUUUUCACUUUUUCAUUUGUUAUUCCUAAUUGCUGGCUGCUGCUGCCCUUAUCGCUUUGUUGCACAAUGCAGUGAUGGCAUUGAGGAGUCUGAAUCCUGGAGUUUACAUCAAGUGUUGAUCUCUCAUCAAAACGAAAGCCGACAUGUUCCUAUUGUAUUUUGUAUCAAAACCUUAAAUUAUUCCUUAUAAAUCUGUCUCAGAAAACAAUAUCAAUUCCAAUAAACAUGACAACAUA